UCGAGAUUGAAACCCCAUUCCCUCUUUCCCUCGCCGUUGCUCUUCGUCGUCUCCGGCCUCGAUCUCGCCGGAAUGGAGUCGGUCCUGAAGAAAUACUUCGGGUACUCCCAGUUUCGUUCUUACCAGAAGGAAAUCAUCGAUAAGAUCCUCAGCGGGAGGGACUGCCUCGUUGUCAUGGCAACCGGAAGCGGUAAAUCUCUCUGUUAUCAGAUCCCUCCACUUGUUGCCGGGAAGACUGCUGUUGUUAUAAGCCCACUUUUAUCCUUGAUGCAAGAUCAGGUUAUGAGCCUAAAACAACGGGGAGUCCAAGCUGAAUUUCUUGGAAGCACCCAAACCAAACAGACAGCAUACUCUGAAGCUGAGAAUGGUAGCCUAGAUGUUCUGUACAUGACUCCUGAGAAAGCCUGCUCACUUUCUCCAAGCUUCUGGAAGAACUUGCUGAAUGCUGGGAUUUGUUUGCUGGCAGUGGAUGAAGCACAUUGCAUAUCAGAGUGGGGGCAUGAUUUCAGGAAGGAGUACAAGCAGCUUCAUCUUUUGCGCAGUAUCCUUUCAGAUGUCCCCUUCGUUGGUUUAACUGCCACAGCCACUGAGAAGGUCCAGGAAGACAUUGUGUGCUCCUUGAAGAUGAACGACCCAUACAUAGCUAUUGGCUCAUUUGAUCGCCCAAAUCUUUUCUAUGGUGUCAAAUGCUUGAGUCGAUCUAUGUCUUUUGUAGAUGAGCUUGUUGCAGAGGUCUCAAAAUACAGUUCUUCCACUGGUUCAACUAUCAUAUAUUGCACAACAGUCAAAGACACUGAGCAGAUCUAUAAUUCAUUAAAAGAUGCCGGAAUCAGUGCUGGAAUGUACCAUGGUCAAAUGGGUAGUAAAGCCCGUGAUGAAUCCCAUAGAUCUUUCAUAAGGGAUGAUCUUCAUGUCAUGGUUGCCACAAUUGCAUUUGGCAUGGGCAUAGAUAAGCCAAACAUCAGGUGUGUGCUACACUAUGGGUGCCCUAAGAGUCUGGAGUCAUAUUAUCAAGAAAGUGGGCGAUGUGGGAGAGAUGGAUUGGCCUCAAUCUGUUGGUUGUAUUAUUCACGAAGUGAUUUUGCAAAAGCUGAUUUCUAUUGUGCUGAUGCUUCCUCUGAAAAUCAAAGGAAAGCUAUCAUGGAGUCUUUCAGGGCUGCAGAGAAGUAUUGCUAUCUGUCUACCUGCCGUAGAAAGUUUUUGUUAGAAUAUUUUGGUGAAGCAGCAGCAAAGGACUGUGGUAAUUGUGAUAAUUGCACUAGGACUAGAGAGGAAAGAGACUUGUCAAGAGAAGCCUACUUGCUGCUGUCUUGUGUACGAUCUUGUGGUGGUCGAUGGGGACUUAAUAUGCCUAUUGAUGUUCUGCGUGGAUCCCGUUCCAGGAAGAUUCUUGAUAACAACUUUGACAAGCUUCCAAUGCAUGGGAUGGGGAGAGACUACUCAUCUACUUGGUGGAAAGCACUAGCUGCUUUAUUGUUUUCUAAUGGUUACUUGAAGGAGAUUGUUCAAGAUGUAUAUAGAUGUGUAAGUGUCAGCCCGGGUGGUAUGCAGUUUCUAUCUAAUGCUGACACUGGGUGCCAAGAAUCACUAGUGUUAGCAUUGACUUCUGAGAUGAUUGAUGAGGAAACUUCUGGAAAUUCACUAACCAAAGUUGAGGGAAACCUUCAAAAUCUGGUGGCUUUAGGACGAGAAGGAUUAUCUGAGGCUGAGGAAAAGCUCUACCACAUGCUUCUAGAUCUAAGGAAAAGACUAGCAGAAAAUUUUGGAACAGUUCCAUAUGCUAUCUGUGGUGAUCAAACAAUAAAAAGUAUAGCUAAGAUAAGGCCAUCCAACAGAGCUAGGUUGGCCAAUAUUGAUGGUGUGAACCAGCACCUUGUGACAAAGUGUGGCGAUAGUUUCCUCCAAAGCAUCAGUCAUUUAACACAAGAACUAAACCUUUCACUGGAUGGAGAAUCAGUAGCCCAACCUGCAAUCACGAGAGUAAGUCCAAUCUCCCAGAGAAAACUGACUCCAGCCAAGUUUGAUGCAUGGAGACUAUGGGAAAAGGAUCUGCUUUCUUUUCAGGAUAUUGCUGCCAUACCUAGAAAAUCAGGUUCAAUAAAAGAACAGACAAUAAUUUCGUAUGUUCUUGAAGCUGCUGUGGAGGGGCAUGAACUCAAUUGGGCUAGAUUCUCUAAAGAGAUAGGGCUAACACUUGACACUGUCCAACAAAUUCGUUUUGCCCUUACAAAAGUAGGAUCAAGAGAACGGCUAAAGCCAAUCAAAGAGGAACUACCUGAAACUGUUUCUUAUGAACAGAUCAAGGCCUACUUGACAAUGGAAGAUCUCAAUGUCUGCAAGGAAGAAAUAUUUGAUGCCAAAUUCUGUACAUCAGACAACCUUCCAACCAAGAUUUCUGGUUCAUUGUCUUGCGAUCAUGAAGUAGAAUUAGAGAAGGCAUGCUAUGCCACAGAUGAAGCAAAAUCUUGUCCCCAGGAGAUUAUCUGCCCACCUUCUCCCCUUACACCAUGUGGUGGUGAAAGUGGAAGUGCUUCUCGAAUGAAGCAACCCCGUUAUGAUUCUUCUAUCGAUAAUUCUUCCGUUAAGAAGCUCCACAAAUGCAGUGAAACAGAAGAACACAAUGACCAAUUGGAAGCAACUGAAAGUGCUAUUUUGGACUUCAUAGCAAGCCAAGAUGGGGUUUCAUUAUCAAAUAUCACCGAGCACUUUAAAGGAUCUAGGAGGGAGCUCAUCAUCGAAAUAGUGGACCACCUUGAAGGUGAAUUUUUGAUAUUUGGAAGGAAGAACAAUAUCUAUAGAUCUACUUUUAAAAUAAAAAUCAGGUGCACCAAGAAAAACAGAGAGAGAGAGAGGCCGCCAUUGGCGUUCUUGGUUCAACUCGAGGUUGAGAUGGGAAUGGCAGCGGCGGAGGUAGCGGUGAAGUGGGAGAGGGAACAACGAGAGAGAGGAGGUCAGCGAAGGUCACGCCGGCGCCUGUUGAUGGAAGCGGAGAUAUGGCGAGGACCCUCGCUCUUGGUUUCCCUACCCGCCCCUAGUCUUCUCUUCUCCUCCCUUGCGUUCCUCUUUGGACUUCUCAAUCACUUUCCUUACGGUAUUGGAGAUCCUCAUAGAUCUCUGCCACUCACUCCACCAUUGCGGUUCUUGUGUUUUGUGUUGCUCCGGCAUAGGGUGGUACUGGGCGGGAGAUGGUGGCAAGCGAGGUUGGCAAAUUCAAUCCAAAUGGCGUUGUCGAGUCAGAUCAUCGAUCGCGGCGGGUUGAGUCUGCGCAUGGCGAAAUUAAGUCUUGGUGGCGGGUCUGCGGGGGAAAACGGUGCACGCGCAUUGCAGGCUGUGCAAGCGGCGCGCAAGCGUCGUCUGGCGUGGCGGGAAUCUCGAUAUCAAUGGGUGGAGUCAUGUGAUCAAAUUGGAAAUUGUGGCUAA